UGGUUUCAUGGUUUGCGGGGGGAGCUAGCAUUACACGAGAGUGAAUCGGAGUGAUGACAUUGUUCCUAAGUACCAGCUGAGUGCACCUAUACAUCAACCUCUGUGGAGGAAGGGCUAUUCAGCACAGGUGCACAAAGGGACACACUGGCAGAGAGAUAAAACCCUGUCCAGCACAGAGUCUGCUCUGCUGCCGACGCUUUGAUAUGUAUUAAACGUCUCAGGUUUCCUGGUUGUUCCAGAGGAAAUUAGGGAUUGAUUGUGGAGGAUCCAUGAGUUCUGAGUUUCACCGUCAGCCAGGGCAGGGGUGGUGCUGGAUCCUGGAGAAACAAUACUGUGAUAUCUGAAGAUGGACAUGGAGGCGCUCCUCUAACGACUGAAGUAUGCAGCCUGCCUCAGUUCUGGCUCAAAUUGGGAAUUAUCUGUGGUGAGGUGCAAAUAAAAUAAAAUAAAAAAACAUUUAAAUGCUUUUUCUAAAGCCAGCUUCUAGUUGUUAUGACAGGCUGUAUACAUUACUACUACUGAGGGACUCCUGAAGCAUCCGUCACAUCUACAAAGAGUCAAAUGGAGAAGAAAUACCCAGUAAUAGCAGGAAGGGAAAAAGGGCCAGGGCCUGGGCGAUAUGGGCUUCCCCCCACCAUUGGAUUUAUGGGCCAUGACUUCACCAAGCCAACGAGCGCUGCCUAUUCUUUCCAUGGCAGGAUGAGUGACACUAUGUAUUGUGUAGACUCAAGUCCAGGGCCGCAGUAUCACAUCGAUGCAAAAAUCACUCGUUUUGGAAGAGACGGCACACCUGCGUACUCAAUGUUGGGCAGAGUGAGAGCACAGAAUGAGCUUUUCCAGACACCUGGACCAGGCGCAUACAGCCCUGAGAAAACCCCAACCUGCAACCUCCAGCGCAGACCCCCGUCCUACACAAUGGGCUCUCGUACACAGUACCGGGGAGUGGACUCAGUACCCGCUCCUAACAAGUACUGUCUCCCUCCGCUCAUGGGUCCUCAAAUCCCAAACAAGCAAGCUAGCGCAAGCUACACAAUGUCAGGUAGUUACAACACAGGGGGACCAUCUGUAGAUUUAGCAAAUACUCCAGGGCCUUGCCAGUACAACAGUACAGACCCAAGUGUGUAUCUACCCAGACAGCCGGCCUUUUCCAUGCUGGGACGUCACAGUUUACCCAGAGAUGCCACCAAGAAACCCGGACCCGGAACUUAUAAUCCAGAGAAAGUGACAGUUCACAAGGCUCGGGCACCGGCCUUCUCUCUGGGCAUCAGACACACUGAAUUUGUUACUCCACUAGUUGUCGCUAUUUCUGACUGA